UCAUCAGUUGCGUUCUACAACAACUUCACGGAUCAGAACGUAUCAUUGGAGGCAAAUGCACCACCGAUGGUACCGGAUCUUCUACAGCUAGUUGAUUUUCUGGACGAAGCAGCGGGAGAUUAUGGUACCUUGCGACCACUUGUUCCGGUAUCGUUCAUUGCAACCGGAGCAAUGGCUCCUUUUGGCGAAACACCAUUCCCAUGUUCGAAUAAUUUGUUAACGAAUUUAACGCCAGUCUAUUCGUUGAAUGGUACGUAA